AUGAUGAAUGGAGUGUGUAAGCUUUUGGUUCCUAAGUUUUUGAUGACGCAAGAAGCGAUCAAGAAGUGCAAGAAAGAGGAACGGGGAGACUUAGCAGAUUCUCAGAGACGGCGCCACUGUUCUUUUCUGGUUGAACAGAUGGCCAGCAACGGUAGGCUUGAACUUCGGAAAAAAGCUAAUGCUAUAAUAUCUCUCAUCAAUGAGAAUGGAAAAAUUAUUCAGUCUACUGAAGGGAUGUGUCAAUUGGCUAGUGAUUAUUUCACUGAGUUAUUCCAAAAGAAAACAAGCUCUCGGGAUCGAGUACUACAAGAUAUUGAUAACUUAAUUUCAGAAGAAGAUAAUGACAUGCUUACUGAUGGAUUUUCUUUGAAUGAAUUUAAAGAUGCUAUUUUCUCUAUGCAAGCUGAUAAGAGUCCGGGUCCCGACGAUUUUAAUCCUGGAUUUUAUCAUCACUUUUGGGAUACUUAUGGCACCAAUAUAUUUAAAGCAGCGUGUGAUUGGCUCGAAACAGCUGCUAUUGAAGUGAUUCAUCAUAUAAAGACCAAAACUAGAGGAAAAGUCAGGGAGAUAGCUCUUAAGCUUGAUAUUGGUAAAGCCUACGAUAAAAUUGAUUGGGAUUACUUGAAGGAUUAUCACUAUGGGUUUUUGUCAAAAUGGGUUGGAUGGAUCAUGCUCUGUGUUGGAACGGUGGAGUAUUCAAUGAGUAUGAAUGGAAAUAUGGUCGGACCGAUAGUUCCCAGGCGUGGGUUGAGACAGGGUGACCCUUUAUCUCCGUACUUAUUCAUUCUUUGUGCGGAAGGUCUUACUGCUCUUAUUAGGAAAGCAGAAAAUAAAGGUGAUAUCUAUGGUGUUAAAAUUUGUAGAAAUGCUCCUAUAAUAUCUCAUCUUCUGUUCUCCGAUGAUUGUUUCCUCUUCUUCAAAGCUAAUAUUGAAGAAACAAAUGUUAUGAAGGAUAUUCUUGCCACUUAUGAGGAAGCAUCCGGUCAAGCUAUUAAUUUCCAAAAAUAUGAAUUUUACUGCAGUAGGAAUGUUAAUUCUGAUACUCGUUUAGAGUUGCUACAUGUUUAG